CGCAAUCUGACGCAAAACCCGGAACUAGAAUACCCUCGGUGGGUUGGAAAAGAUGAACACGUCACACUGAUGAGAGGAUUAAUAUGACAAAAUGACCAUGAACACUUUAAAAAUCAACAUCAACACAUGCAACAGCUAGGAUACCUCCCGCUGGGGACAUAGAGAGCUUCAUCUCAGCUCUGUUCCGUCCUCAUCUCAGCUGUGAACCAGCUUCAUCUCAGCUGUGUUUCCCUGCAGAUCCCAGCCGACCCGAGUCCGACCCCCUGGUGACUGAGCCGACACCCUGGUGACUGAGCCGACCCGUGUCCGAACCCCUGGGGACUGAGGAGCUGCAGGAUGGACGUGGAGGUCGAGACAACAGAAGCGGGGGCUUCGCGGAAGCGGAGAGUCCACGGGAUGCUUAAGAUGUACUACGGGAUGAACGAGGAGGGGAAGGCCGACCAGCCCGACUCCGCGGACCCCUGCGACAUCAACGGGCAGUACUUCGACCCGGACGUGUACCUCAAUAAGCUCCGGAGGGAGUGUUCUCUGGGGGAGCUCAUGGACCAGGAGGGCUGCAUGGUGAAGCAAAUCCGCUCGCUGGACAGCGACAUGCAGACGCUAGUCUACGAGAACUACAACAAGUUCAUCUCGGCCACAGACACCAUCAGGAAGAUGAAGAACGACUUCAAGAAGAUGGAGGACGAGAUGGACUGCCUGACCACCAACAUGGCCGCCAUCACAGAGUUCAGCGCCUCCAUCAGCGGGACUCUGCAGGACCAGCACGCCCAGAUCACCAAGCUCUCCGGGGUCCACUCCCUCCUGAGGAAGCUGCAGUUCCUGUUCGAGCUCCCGGCGCGGCUCAAUAAGUGUGUUGAGCUGCAGGCGUACGGCCAGGCGGUCAGCGCCCACGGGCGCGCCCGCUGCGUGCUGCAGCAGUACAGCCACCUGCCGUCCUUCAGGGGCAUCCAGGACGACUGCCUCCUCAUCAUGGACGGGCUGCGGCUGCAGCUCAGACAGAGGUUCAGGGACGGGGGCUCCAGUGCCAAGGACCUGUCGGAGUGCGUGGAGCUCCUGCUGCAGCUGGACGAGCCGGCGGAGGAGCUCUGCGACAAGUUCCUGAACCACGCCGGGGCGCGGCUUCACCUGGACCUCACCGGCCUGGAGGCCGAGAUCCCCCCGCCGCCGCCGCCGCCGUCGCCCCCCGCCCCCUCCCCCGUGGCCCCCUCCCCCGCCGCCGCCCAGACGGACAUCCUGGAGUUCAUGGACCGCGGCUGCAACGAGUUUGUGAGCAGCCUGUGCCUGGUGGUGACGUCCUACCAGGAGCUGUUCGUGAGCCACGCCCCCGCCGGCGCCCCCGGGGACGUGCCCCGCAUGGCCAGCGCCAAGCUGCAGGUGUUCGUGGACGAGCUGGCCGGCCGCUACUUCUCCAUCGUGGAGCGCCGCAUCCAGGGGGAGCGCGGGGUGGGGGACAACUCGCUGCUGGUGCGGGCGCUGGACCGCUUCCACCGCCGGCUGCAGGCCGUGUCCAAGCUGCUGCCCGGCUCCACCGUGCCGGCGCGCGGCACGCAGAUCGUGGUGCGGGCCGCCACGGAGCGCGUGCAGCGCUACCUGGAGGCGCUGAAGAGCUUCUACCUGGACACCCUGACGGACGUGCGGCAGGCGCUGGCGGCCCCGCGCCUCUCGGUGGCGGGGGGCCCCGGGGGGCUGACCCCCGGGGGGGGGCUGACCCCCGGGGGAGGCCUGCCCGACCUGCUGGCCUCGCUGUCGGCCUCCAUCCUCAACCAGAUCAAGGCGGUUCUGGCCUCGGUGCACCUGUUCACCGCCAAGGACAUCACCUUCUCCAACAAGCCCUACUUCAAGGGAGAGUUCUGCAGCCGGGGCGUGCGCGAGGACCUGGUGGUGAGCUUCAUCCAGUUCAUCUGCCAGUCCUCCCGGGGGUUCUGCGACAGCCCGGGGGACAAGGGCGGCGCCACCCCCCCCGCCCUGCUGCUGCUGCUGUCACGCCUCUGCCUGGACUACGAGACCUCCACCAUCUCCUACAUCCUCACCCUCACCGACGAGCAGUUCCUGGUCCAGCACCACAGCCCCGUCACCCCGGUCACUGUCCUCUGUGCCGAGGCCCGGGAGGCGGCUCAGAGGCUGCUCAACCACUACGUCAAGGUCCAGGGUUUGAUCAUCUCCCAGAUGCUGAGGAAGAGCGUGGAGACGCGUGAUUGGGUGAACACCAUCGAGCCGCGCAACGUGCGCGCGGUGAUGAAGCGGGUGGUGGAGGACACCACCUCCAUCGACGGGCAGGUGGGCCUGCUGUACGAGGAGGGGGUGAGGAAGGCCCACAGCAGCGACUCCAGCAAGAGGACCUUCUCCGUGUACAGCAGCUCGCGCCCGCAGCCGCGCUACGCCGCCAGCUACACCCCCAGCGCUCCGAUGGACACCAACCUGCUGAGCAACAUCCACAAGCUGUUCUCCGAGAGGAUCGACAUCUUUAGCUCCGUGGAGUUCAACAAGGUGUCUGUGAUGACGGGCAUCAUAAAGAUCAGUCUGAAGACGUUCCUGGAGUGCGUGCGGCUGCGGACCUUUGGCCGCUUCGGCCUGCAGCAGGUGCAGGUGGACUGCCACUACCUGCAGAUGUACCUGUGGCGCUUCGUGUCCGACGAGAACCUCGCCCACUUCCUGUUGGACGAGAUCGUGGGAAGCACCGCCCACCGCUGCCUGGACCCCGCCCCCAUGGAGCAGAGCGUCAUCGAGGUCAUCUGUGAGCGGGGGUGAAGGGGUCACAGGGGUGAGGGGAUGAGGAGGGAGUGAGGAGGGAGUGAGGGGGUGAGAGGGUGAGGGGUUGAGGAUUGAGUGGGGGGGUGAGGUAAAGACAAGAGGGAUGAGGCUAUGAGGGGUGAGAGGGUGAGAGGGUGCUGUUUGUCCACAUGAAUCACUGAAUCACUAAAUGAUUAACUUCUUACCUGCUAGAUAAAAAAAGGCAGACUCUGUGGACCCAUGACAGAUAUCACCAUGACUACGCUUUACUAAGGGGAACUGAUCUGACUGUUUGAAUCAACACUAUAUACAUUGAACGUAUGAUUAUCGUUUUUGACGUUGAUGUGACCCACAUGACUUUAUUAUCCUCUGGCGUGUCCUGAUGCUAGCGGGAAAGUUGAUUGUUCAAAGUACUUACUGAAGUGUAAAAUAAAAAUCUAAGAUAUGACAAACAUA